UUGAAAACUCAGUUGCUCUCUGAGCGGUCGGGUAGAGACUGCUUUCGGCUUUUUUCCUGCUGUUAAGAUCUCCUCUAGAGAGCUGCAACAAUGCCCAAAAGAAAGGCUGCAGGUCAAGGUGAUAUGAAGCAGGAGCCAAAGAGAAGAUCAGCCAGACUGUCUGCUUUGCCUGUGCCCAUUACACCAGAGUUGAAGUCCAAAAGAACAUCAACUCCAAGGAAAAUGAAGACAAUAAAUGAUAUGAUGGAAAAAAACACAGAUGCAAGUGCCAAAGCCAUAGCUGAAACCAAGAAAGAAGUUGUUAAAGAAGAAUACAACAGUGAAACUGCUGAAAAUGGAGAAGCCAACAUUAUAGAGACACCAGCUCCUGAAAAAGAAAUAGAGGAAAUAAAAGAAGAAAAAAUUGAAGAUAUCAAAGAAGAAAGAGGAGAAAAGAAAGAAACAGUGGCAGCAACAAACUUCCUAAGUGCCAUUCAGUUACAGCGUUUGAGAGUAGAAAUCCACCAAGGUAACACCGAAGUGUUGGAUGUAGAUGCCAUUAAGAAUGUUUGUGAUUCAUGGGAAGAGGUAAAAAUGUCAACAUCAACAGGAGUUUGGAAGAAGCUAAUUCCAAUGUUCAUGGAUGACUUUGAGGGGUUCAAGACUUCCGUGGAGGGAGUAACUGUAGGUGUGGUGGAAAUAGCAAGGAAACUAGAAUUAGAAGUGGAGCCUGUGAUGUAA